AUGAUAGUCCAACGACCAGGAUUUGACUUUGUCUGCCACUUUCCACACGGAAACCUCGAACCACCCACAAUUCCAUUCCCUUAAAAAAAAAAAUCGCACCCCCUAUAAAAACCAGGACUUUACUAUCAAAAAACACAACGGGAUCUUCUUUACCUUUCUAACGCCAGCAAACGCAGACCAAAUAAUUAAUCCAAACACAGCUGUGGAAGUGGUAUUCAUAUCAUGUAAAAAUUAUAUUACCUUCUGGACAAUGAAAUAUGGAACAGGAGAAUAAAAUGAGUGAGCAUUCCACAAAUGCGGUUAACAAUGAUGGGGUUCAAACACAGAGCUCUGAUUUUUUAAAUAGCAGGCAAAGCUCUGAAACACAUCUUGCUCCAAGUAAAUUAAAAGUAGAUGGAAAUUUUGAUUUUCAAGAUCAAAAGGCUAAGGAACUUCAUUUGAGAGCUAGUGCACAGAAAGAGGAGAUUCAGCAUCUUCGUGAACAAAUUACUGUUGCCUGUUUGAAGGAAUUGCAGCUGCUGAAUGAGAAAUGUGCACUGGAGAGGAAAUUCUCUGACUUGCGGAUGGCAAUUGAUGAGAAGCAAAAUGAAUCCAUUACUUCUGCCUUAAAUGAAUUGGCUCGCAGAAAAGGUGACCUUGAAGAAAAUUUAAAGCUGACCUAUGAUUUAAAGGUUGCGGAGGAUGACAGAUAUAUCUUCAUCUCAUCCAUGCUUGGUCUGUUGGCUGAAUAUGGUCUUUGGCCCCACGUUGUAAAUGCAUCUGCCAUUACCAACAGUGUGAAGCACCUACAUGAUCAGUUACAGUGGAAGAUCAGAACCUCACAUGAUAGAAUUAGAGAAUUGACAGGUAUUGUGGGAACUCAUGCUGGUGGUGGAUCUCAUGAAAAAGAUAACCCUCUUUCCGGCAUUUUGAGAAAUCAAAAUCCUAAUAGAUCCAUGUUUUCUCGUCUCUCUCAGGCUAGUCAUGGCUUUUCUCCCAAUAAUCAAUAUACAGAUGAGCAGCAUGUUAUGCCACCUGAGAAUAUGCUGAGAUACAUGCAUGAUAAUGAUCACACUGUGAAAAAUUUAAUGUUUAAUGAUCAGGCGCAGCAACAAUUGGGCAAUGGCAAUACACAGGAGUUGUUGUUCAAGUCUCAUAGAGGAGACACUGGCCCUAAUCCUGAUAAUGCAUUUGAUAAAGGUUUUGUGAAUAUUGGAGCAGAGGAUAUGACCAACAAUGUCUUGUCUCAGCAUGAUGGGAUGGCCUCUAAUGGUUCUGAAGGGCCUGGUAUUGAGGGGUUUCAGAUAAUUGGUGAUGCCACACCAGGAGGAAAGCUUUUAGGGUGUGGAUUUCCGGUUCGGGGGACUACACUUUGUAUGUUUCAGUGGGUUCGUCAUCUUCAGGAUGGCACUAGGCAGUAUAUUGAGGGAGCUACAAAUCCAGAAUACGUUGUCACAGCUGAUGAUGUUGAUAAACUGAUUGCUGUUGAGUGCAUACCAAUGGAUGACCUAGGCCGUCAGGGGGAACUAGUGAGGCUUUUUGCUAAUGAUCAGAACAAAAUUAAAUGUGACCCAGACAUGCAAAAUGAGAUUGACAUGUACAUUUCCAGAGGCCAAGCAACAUUUAGUGUUCUGUUGCUGAUGGAUUCUUCCGAGAAUUGGGAGCCAGCAACUUUGACUUUGAGAUGUUCAAGUUACCAAAUUAAGAUCAAUGGCACAGAAGCUUUGGAAAUUUCAGAGAAAUAUUCAAAGGCAUUAUCAAUCAAAGUACCUUGUGGGCUCUCAACACAAUUUGUUUUGACAUGUUCUGAUGGGUAUUCACAUCCCUUUAGCGCAUAUAAUGUUCGAGUGCGGGAUACUCUUAUUUUGACUAUGAGAAUGUUCCAGAGCAAGGCCUUGGAUGACCGGAGAAAAGGAAAAGCAUAGGCCCUACUGAAUUGAGUAUAGGUUUAGCCUUAAUAGUGAUUAUUCAUUUAUUUAUAGAAAUUGAGAGGAAAAUAAACACGUCAAAUGUUUGUAUCUUAGUUUGAAUCAAUAAUGAAAAAUCAUUUCUAUAAUCUUCUUCCUCAGUUGUAUUGUAGAUUACAUUGUUUAGUCCACUACUAAGAAAUGCACCAUACAUCUCUCUAUUAGAUCGACAUAUUGUUAAACUUUUUCACCCGUGACAUAAAAAGCUCGAUCUGGUAGCAGAAGUUGAUAGAAAAUUGGUAACAGGAGCAGCUGCUGUUGAAGCCAGCUGCCUGAUGCCCUCAAUUCGUAAGUCUUCCUAAACUGUCUUAACUGUAUGAUACCUGGAAGCCCAAUGCUGUGGCUCCAUCUGGAUAGAGUUUUGGAAUGCAGCUGCAUUUUCUGCAUUAGUCUGUAAGUAAUAACAUAUAAAUUCCCUGUCUCUUACGAUUUUGAUUUGAAACCAUUCAUUCGGGAGUGAUACUAUUGAGAUAUUUUAAGUGAACAUCUUAUGAGUUUUGAGUCAAAUCCGGAGGCUGAUUUAAACUCUAGUUUUCAAAGAAUCCUCAUUCCUGUGGAUUUGUUGCAAUUUUUUGUGCCACCUAUACUCAGUUGUUUUCUUGCUUAGAAAUCUUCUAG